CGUCUGGUCAAAGAGAAUUUGUCAAACGUAAUGUGUUGGCCACGGAGCUACAAGCUAAGCUAGCCGAGUAGCUCGUAAACGCUGCGUCUUUGGUUCCAGCUCAUCUGCCAGCUUGGUGUUUACAAACUGGCCACAGGUGUCCUCCGUUUUUAAACCUUUGUGUGGCAAGUGACAUUUAGUUCUCGCAAAUGUGUGCUUCGUUAUGUCCCUCGCUAGCUAGUUUGGAGUUGGAAUGGCAGGAACCGGCGAGGGAAAGAAGGAAGAGGCCGACUACAAGAGACUACACAGCUUCCCUCUCAUCAGGCACACGGACAUGCCCGAGGAAAUGAGAGUGGAGACGAUGGAGCUGUGUGUGACCGCCUGUGAAAAGUUUGCCACCAACAAUGAGAGCGCCGCCAAGAUGAUCAAGGAGUCCAUGGACAAGAAGUUUGGCAGCUCGUGGCACGUCGUGAUCGGUGAGGGCUUCGGCUUUGAGGUCACGCACGAAGUGAAGAACCUGCUGUACAUGUUCUUUGGCGGGAGUCUGGCCGUGUGUGUGUGGAAGUGCUCGUAGCACACACACGCAGACACACAAUUGCUUUUUUUUUUUUGCUGGUCCCACUCCGCUCGCCAAUUCGGUGAAACAAAACCAGCCCCCUCUGGCUACAAAAAGUCGCUGAGGUUGACAACUACUCGGACUUGUGGAGAAGAACUCUGACAUUCAGUCUUGACUCGCAGACGCCUGAACAGCUUCCUGCCUUAUCUCACAUUUCUCUUUCUUUUCAAGCAGUUUUCAUAGUGUCACACUCACUUUGACAAUAUAACACAGCCGGCUAGGGUCUCCAAAGACCUUUGUCCUCUUUCCUCUGCAGGGAGCGUCUGGUGUGUAGGUGUUUGUGUGUGCUGGACACACACACACGCACUUUUCUUUUUUUUUUUUUUUUUUAAAAGCCUACACCGAACAUCACCACCUUUGUGCAGCACGACAAUGUCCACAUCAUCUCUCAACCUUUCUUACAAUUUGACACACUUGUCUUUCAAUACAAUGUUUUUAUAUUUUUUUUUUACCGUGUAUAUAGUUUGAUGCGACUUUUAACAAGUGUUAUCUUCUUACAAACGACCUGAUCUACCUUCCCCCCCCCCCCCCUGCUCUAGAUGUUUUUAUAAUAACCUGGCAUGUUUUACGGCCUUUGGUCUGUAUGAAUGCUAAUGACACAGAACGGGGGGAUGAAGUGGACCCCGACAGUUUUGCACCUUCUGAUAUCAUAUUCCGGCCAUAACAGACAGAGGUGGAACUGGCUGUGUGAAACGGCAAUCUGUAAGGCCGGAGGUGUGAAAUUUUGACUUCUAAGGUACCAGCAGAGCCAUAACAGAGGACGGAUCGCCUGUGUCUAACAGCAUUCCACAACACUUGGACAGCAGUUUGAAAUUCAAUACCCAACAGUCACUUUCUGACUUACUGACAUCGCCAGUUUGGUUGCGUAUUGAUUGUCUAUCCUGCCUUUAGGUGAGGUCUGUAACAGAAGUGAAUAAAUUAUGGAUUUUUUGUUGCUGCAAUUUUGAAGGAAUUUCUGUGCAAGAGGCUAAAGUGCGUGAAAGAGAUGAUAGUGAUAUAAUACACAGUGAUGGAUAAUAAACUCCGAAAUGUGAAAACGCA